ACUCAAAAAUCCAACAACACAAAGCCGCGCUUUAUCCUCUCUGCAACUGUGUUUUGUUCUGUUCUGUUCUGUUCUAUAUGUGAACUAAGCUAAGGUUUUGAUCCUAAGACGAAGACAAGGUUUUUGUGUGUACUAUGGAAGCUUCUUCGUGUUUUCUUCCAUCACCCUCUUUCAUUGGAUUCAGGACGAGCAAAGAGCUUCCACAUGUGCUCUCGGUGCAUGAGUUCAAAAGAAUAAUAUGCUUCUCGGUUUGUAAUCAAAAGCAAAGUUACAAUGAAAAGCUUUACAUUAUACCUAUUAGGACCAUUUCUCGAUUCUGCAUUUCAAGAUCUUUCACUAGGUCGUUGGAACUUGGAGGGACAGGAACGCAAAGUGAUGCUUAUUCAGGUUAUUCAGCUCCUAAUGACAAUCAGAGAUUCAGCAACUAUGAGAAAGAAUUGGAAGAAUUAUUUGGUGAAGUGAAAAAAAUGAUCAAGAUGGGAAAGAAAAAUGAUGCCAUAGACCUGCUUAAUGCAAAUUACGAAAUAGUGAAAGAGCGGCUUGAUGCAGGCACUAAAGGCAUAGAGGAAGCUGCUAUUUUAGAUGUACUAGCUCUGGGUUACAUGGCUGUUGGAGACUUGAAAUCUGUUGGUUGUAUGUUGAAUUUGUUGCAAGAAGUUGUUGAUACCUUAAAGGAUGAUGCACCACAUCAAGACUCAAUACUUAUGCAUAUGGGAAGUAUGUAUGCGACAUUGAACAAGUUUGAAGAGUCAGUGGACAUGUAUCAAAGGGCUGUCUACAAUGUGGAGAAGAAUUUCGGUAAGGAUAGCACUAUUCUUGUAACACCCUAUUUGGGUAUGGCAAAAUCUCUUGGUUCUAUUGGAAAAGCAACAAAAGCAAUAGAGACAUACCAACAUGUAAUCACUCUUUUGGAAUCAAGUAAAGGUGCUGAAAGUAAGCAUUUGGUUGUACCUUUACUUAGUCUUGGAAAUCUUUUACUGAGAGAAGGACGAGUCAAUGAUGCAGAAUGUCAUUUUACGAGGGUUCUAAACAUAUAUACCAAAGUAUAUGGAGAAAAUGAUGGAAGAAUUGGAAUGGCUAUGAGUUCCCUAGCCCAAGUGAAGUGUGCUCUAGGGAAGUCAGAUGAAGCGAUUCAUUUGAUCAAACGUGCUCUUAAGGUCAUGAAGGAUUCAAAUUACAUGUCACCGGACAACAGUAUAAUGGAAAAGAUGAGGGUAGAUUUAGCCGAAUUACUCCAUACUUCUGGGAGAGGACAAGAAGGCAGAGAGAUAUUAGAGGAGUGCCUAUUGAUUACAGAGACGUACAAAGGAAAGGAGCAUCCCAGCUUAGCAACGCAUAUGAUAAAUCUCGCGACUUCAUACACACGGUCAAAGAAUUAUGCGGAGGCUGAGCAUUUGCUGAGAAGAAGUUUGCAAAUCAUGAUAAAGCAUAAGGGAACUGAUAACCAAUCCAUCAGCUUCCCUAUGUUGCAUCUAGCAGUUACACUGUACCAUUUAAAAAAAGACGAAGAAGCAGAGAAGCUCGCCCUGGAGGUUUUACGCAUCCGUGAAAAAGCUUUUGGAGUAGAUUCUCUUCCUGUCGGAGAGGCUUUGGACUGCUUAGUGUCUAUUCAAAUGAGACUUGGUAAAGAUGAUAGUGAGUUACUGGAGAUGCUUAGAAGGAUCCUGAAUAUCCAAGAGAAAGGAUUCGGACAUGAGAGUGAGCAGGUUUUAGUUACCCUAAAGAAAAUUGUAUACUACUUAGAUAAGUUAGGGAGAAAAGGUGAAAAGCUUCCUCUGCAGAGAAGGUUAUCUUUGCUUAGGAAGAAGUAUAAGCAGAUGGUCCAUGACUAAAUUUGUAAAUAUGUUAUAUAAUGUUUGUGAUAUUUUUAUCCCAUUUUCAUGCAUGAGGCAUUUUGUUCAUA